AUGGGAGUCAAUAUCCUAAGUGACGUACGUGUUGAAUGGAUGACAGGCGAAGAAACAGAGGAGUUUCUUUUGGCAUGUCAGCCACUGCAAAUAGCGGCAAUCAAAGGUGAUUGGGAGAGCGCCAUGAAAUUCAUAGAAGAAUUACGAGUUGCAGCCAGGGUUCCCAUCACUCGAUAUUCAGAAACGGCACUCAUGAUCGCGGUUAGGAUUAUUCGAAGAAACCAUUUUGUGAAGAAGCUGUUGCAGAAGAUGGAACCAGAAGAUCUUGCUAACCGUGAUGUCGAAGGCCAGACUGCCCUUCUCAUUGCUGCAGGAGUGGGCAACAUUGAGGCAACCAAACUGUUGGUAGAGAAGAACCCAACGCUGUCUAAUGUUGAUGACUUUGAUGGAGAAAUAGCUCUCCAGUGCGCUGCUCGCCAUGGGAAUAGAGAGGUUGUUCUUUACUUAUUGGACGCCACAAAACAAGACCAACAGCUUCAACCAUUUGCGGAUAAAUUAGGUGCUGCACUGUUGUGUGAUCUGUCUAGUUCUGGACUCUAUGCGCUACCCUAAUUUGGCAUGCAUAGAAGAAUUCUCUCCUUCGAAGAUAAGUGCUGCAAAACGUUCUUCAUUUCGAAGUGGAACCUCCUUAAACUUUUGGCAGAAUUUAAUCUAUACGUGUU